AUGGUGCAUUUUGUUCAGCUGAAGACUCUCAAGCAAUGUUUCGCAUUUCUGUUGCGGUUACAUGAAAGGAAGGGAAUCCACGACAUUGUCCAUACAAGGCUUUUGGACGAUUUUGCGAGCAACUAUAAAAAUUUGAAUCGGCAAGAAUGUCAACAAGGAUUCUAUUCAUUUCUGGGCAAGGUGAAAGCGUUUUAUCAGAAAUUGACAACUGUUAAUGUCAGUAAAGACGUGGUGGAUAUCGGAUUUAUGUCGCCAAGUGAUAUUCUGGACGCACUUUUCGAGUGCAUUCCGAGGUUCCUCGCCGCAGUGUACUAUUUACUUUACCAUGUGGAUAGUACGUACAAUGGUUUCGGCGGCGGGAGCUGGGGUGACUUAUACCCUGGUUACAUAAGUUAUAGCGGGUACAGAUGGGGAGGUGAGCUGGAUACGUAUCUCACGGCGCCUUCAAGCAAGAAGGACUAUGGUGUAUUGCCUGGUGGUUUUGAAAUAAAUGAUCUAACCUCUAACUAUCGGUAUGGCUAUUCUCAGGGUAAGAACAUGAUAAAGGACCUUAGAGCCAUAUUAGAGAAAAGUAACAAUUUGUGCAAAUUUUUUCGCGAUGUUAUCUUUAUGGUUUUAAACCGGUAUUGGCAAGACGUUAAUGCUGCAAACGUCAUCGGGCUUGUAAGCGUGUUUUGCAAUAUCGUGCAAAUGGAAAAGGGUAAUAAGAAUAACGAAAUCCACAACGCUCUUCAGAAGCUGCCUAAGGAGGGCAAUAACUGCUGUAUAGAUUGGAAUAAGUUGCAACAAGUCUGCGGCGAGCUUAAGUCGGCGUAUGAAGGCAUAUUGGGUAGCGGUUUCGACAUUACUGGAGUCGUGCCGAAACUAGGAGAUUUACAGAAUGCUAAGUUUGCUACUAGGUUUGCCACGUGGUAUAGAGAUGAUUAUACAGGAGCCUGGCAAACUAUUAAAAAGAUAAAGGCAGAGAUUUCUAGCAACGUUUCUUUUACUCCGAAGCAAAUAGCGGAUAAAUUUUUGUUUCGCAACGGAUUCUGUUUAGGUGACCAGAAGCUUAAAGGCGCUUCAAAUGAUUUUGUCAUUGCACAGUGGGCUAUCUUCAUUGAAAAGCUUGUUGAUGAUGAAAACGGUUUGGAAAAGCUGAAGAAGGUUUUGGACGGCACCGUGUGUGCUAGUCAUGCGGCGCGUCCAGCUUCGUCACCUAAAGUUGUAGGUCAGCCAUCUGAUUCCAGGCCUCUCACAUCUCAACCAAAUCAUGUCUCGCUUGCUCCAUCACACGCACCGCCUCAAGCUGUACGCAGCAGUAAAGUUUCUCAUGAACAACAAGGCUCCCGAAGCGUGAAAAGGCCCAAUGGUGCACCGGCUGCGGAGGUCCCCGAACCUAAAAUACUUCCAGCUAACAAAACACCUGAGAAUAAUCUCCUCGGCAAAGGCGGUAUCCGUCGCAAUGCCGCUCAGGGGCUCACUUCGCAAUCUCCUGUACCCGGUGGAAAGGCCCAGGAUUCACAAGGCGGUGUAACUUCCGGUAAGCAUAGGCAGUUACCUGAAAUUAUCGGAAAGCAUCCGGCUGCAAGAGCUGAAAGUCCAAAGUCAAAGCCACCCGUGAAUCCUGCGAUCUCACCAAGUGUUAGGUCUGGCAGUCUUGGGCCGCAAUAUAAACAACAGCCAACGUCUCGCGGAUCGCAUGAUCAGAUAAGCAACAAGCCUGCUAAACCUCAGAUCACGGUGACUGAACAACAUAAGACUGCUUCAGGGCCGUCUGCCUUGCCUCAUACUCCCGCUUCUGUUAGAGCGCCUGGGUCUGAUGAUACACCAGUUGGUCCGGUAAAGGAUUCAUCAGGUCAUAAAAGUCUUAGUCCGGAUAGUGGCGGACCUUCAGCUACGGGACGUAGUCAGUCGUCAAGUGGUAGAAAUGUGGACCGGCCGUCAUAUGAUGCCGAUGGCUCAUCAGGUAGUCGUGGUAAGAAGGGGUCACACUCCGCUGAGGCGUCGCCAUCAAAUAUAGCUGCAUCGCAAGGCAUUGCUCCCCCUGUUAGAAAAGCAGGUUCAACAUCACACCCCGGGAAGUCCAAGGAUUCUCAUGUCAGUGGCGUCCCUGCCUCUACCUCUACUACCAAAAAUGUUAUAGGAUCCCAAGAGAGUCACAAGACCACUCCGGUCUCGAAGUCGGAUUCCCCAUCCGUUGUCGCUACAGUUGACCUACUUGGCGGUGGAAGUAAUGGAAAGAGUCAAGCCAAGGCCGGGAAGGCGGCUGAUGAGGCUGGCGCUAAGCCACCGUCGGCUGCACCCAAAGAAGCACGUCAGGAAAAAGUCCAUACAUCACCUGCCCAGACUCAACACCGAUCGUUCGAGAAAGGGGGUUCUGUACCUCAGCCUGGGCCUUCUAAAAGGACUACGCUCCCAAAGAACAGUACUUCCGAAUCUCUGCAGCAUGGUCAGGCUCGCGAUGUGCCACUCCAAAAUGUUCGACCGAAUACAGAACAACCUCAAGCCCGAGGCACGCCAGCACAUAGCUCCCCCCAUCUUCCAAAAGAUCCGAUCUCCGCUAGUGAGCCACAUGAUAUGGGUGCGUAUUCAACGUCUGCCAAACAGCUAGGAUCGAAGUCUGCUGUUUCUCACGACACUGUGUCUGCCCCGGGGCAAACUGUUUCAAGCACCGUUUCUUCACCAUCCGGUGGAUCUGGUCAAAAAGGUGAUAUGCAUGCCGGUUCAAAGGCACUCCCUGUUCCUGAUAAACCAAGUAAUCAUAGGGCUGCUACCAAUUCAGGUGAUGACCGUUCUAAAAUAUUUGCUGUCAAGGCUUCUUCCCCAGGUGCCAGUGCAGGUGUAAGAGGGAAUGUACAUUCACAGGACAGUGCUAAUGUGAACUCGAAGUCUGUUACCACUCGGAGUGCUGGGCAUCCUUCGACAUCAGGUACUAAACAUCUUAAUUCGCUGCCAUUGAACGAGACUAACAAUCGUAGCCAGGUAUCCCAUGACCAGGCAGGUUCUUCCAACUCUCUACAGCCUGUUCGAGUCCCUGCAACUGUUACGAAACCUCGUCAACACGAACAUGUUGAUUCCUCAGUUUCUCGUCAGGACACUGAAUCAGGUGUAAGUGGUGGCGAUGGAGAGCACGGGAAGCCAAGCCGCAGCAGGAGUCCGGAGAAGCGGAGUGCUAAAAAUAAAGAUCAACAAGUUGAUACAAGCACAAGGACCGAUACAGGUGCCAAAAGUACUACGGCACCCACUGCGCAGUUACCCCUUUCAGAUGGUGGUUUGGUUCGGGACGAACGUGUGAAUUUUCACGCAUAUGAUCGAAGAACGCUUCCAAUAGUCACAACCCCUUCAGAUGGCGUUGAAACAACCACUACUAGGAGCCCUAGUAGACCAAGUGCUGCGCCGCGUGGCAGUGGAAGCAAUGUAGGAGGUGUGGACAGUGGUGGGAAGGCAAAGGUGGUAUCGGCACUUGCGCCCCAGACGCACGCUGAUAUAGGCUCUACGGACCAUGUUGGACAUAUCUCUAGCUCUCAGGUACACACCGGACCUCCCAAGGAUUCAAUUGCCCAGGGCAAGGCCUCUUUGCCCUCUGGAUCUCCAACUUCACUGCUUGGCGUCUCUGCAGAGUCUGAACCUACGAAAGCUGCAAGUAUUUCAUCUCCAGACUCUUCAGCUGUUAUUUCUUCUGCUAAAGGUGUGCCGAACACGGUUAACACCGUUUCUGUCACUAGCCGGAGUGAUCAAGAUGGUUCCACUGUUAAAGGAGGAAAAUCUGGUCCGUCUGCUUCGGCAUCUCGUUCGAAGUCAUCUGAUUCAAGUCGUGAUAACCACCGGGUUGUACAGGCGCUUUCGUCAGCACGUACCCCGAUAACCACCGGAGACUCCAGCAACGCCUCAUCUCAUGUUAUUCAACCUGUCUCGGCAUCUCGUCAAGCGAGUGGUGGAGCUGGGUUAAAUGUGAGAAACAAAGGGGCAUUGGGUAGUCCUAAUUCCGAUAAAUUGAUGUCUGAUGCUUAUGUUCAACAACGCACUCAAGCAUCUCAGGCUGGUCAAAGCGAUAGAACCGAUGGCGUUGGCCACUCAUCCUCUUCCCAAACUUCUGGAUCAAGUAGCGAAUCAAGCCAGGUAGUGGGUGGAGAGCUUCCAGAGACCCUGAGUAUUACGGCCAAUACCCAUGUUUCUGGCGAUUCAAAACUUCGUUCCACUUCAGGCGUCACGCAUGCUCCGGAUCACGCUGUUCAGAAGCCAGGCUCCGGUGGUAGUGGUAUGGCAGGUUCUCCCUCUGCUCCUCAACAUGUUAACGAUUCGCUGGGCACUCCAACAGCUCCGAAGGUGACAACACCUGCUAUUCCUGGUUCCAAUAUACGCGUUGGCAGCGGUGAUGGAGAUGCGCGGUCGGCAGGUGGAGCCGGGGAUUCAAAGAGUCCUGUGGUUCCAGCCAAACAGAUCGCUACAGCGUCAAGCGGAGACACUCCUAAGCUAGCUAAGCUUACAAGUUCAGAAUCUUUGCCAUCUCGUGGACAAUCUGCAAGUGAUAAUACACACGGAACGGACGCAAUCGCUGCGGCGCCUUCUGAGUCUUCAUAUGCAGCACUUAGGAGAGAUGCUCCAAUGUCGGUCGAACGUAAAGCGCUUGCUGAGAUCCAAAGAAGCAGCCCCCGACUGGAAAAAACUUCUACCCCAGCACCUAUUGUUGCUGUCAGCCAGGAUGCCAAGCAAGGUGCUGAGGGUACGCAUUUAAACGACGAGCACUCUACUGUUAAACGUGGAAUAGGCGUGUCGAGUGCCGUGCAGCAACCAGAUUCAGGUACCAGAAUUCCUGACACUCGGUCGUCCGAUAGCCCUGCUGACGUCAAUCACCCGCGCACAACUGAGCAGACGUUUCCUACUAAACCUAUUCCACAGGCUCUUAAACGUUCUCCGGAUGAUAAAGGUGUUGCGUCUGGUACCGUUGUCACGCCGUCCAUCGAACCGGCGUCUGCUUCAGAUGUCGUUGGAGCCGAUGGAGGCGACGGCGUGACGGAUCGGAAGCAGGAUGUAAACACAAGGGGCAGAGUUAAUACAGAAGAACAGCAAGGUGGCGUUGCAAACAUGUUACGUUCCACCGGGAUAGUUCUUUCACCUUCAGAACCUUCCUUCACCCUCAAUCCUGGCCGGCAACGCAGCACGAAUCCGACUUUAUCAGGCAAGUCUGCCUCUGCCCCAAAUAGUGACGCAUUUGGAGACUCUGAAGGUACUCGUGCUGCAACUAUUGCACAACGAGACCCUGCUGCGAUUGCCCCUAGCAGUACCAGGGAUAACAGCAGUGGUGACGGUUUGCGUGAGACGGCAAGCCAACGCGGUGGUGAUUCUUCCGUUUCAAGUGUUAUGCCUAUCUCCAGUCGUUUUCCGGACAAUGAGAAUUCCGUUUUAAAUACCCAAACUCCAAAGGGGCCGUCUGUGCAGCUGAUUACUUCUGACACCAUUCGACAAGGCGGUACAGGCUCCAAACCCGAAUCAGAGGCCGAACCAAAGCAGGGUAUCCCGGAUGUAAACCAACAGCAGAAUGAAGGGAGUGUAUCGGGUGGGGAAAAUGGCAUCGGUGAUUCACUGCAAAUCCCGCCGGCUGCUCCACCUGCUACCCUGGUCCAGCCAUAUGAUGCAGCGGCGAACGUUCAGCGUUCAAAGGGUCAGAUUAUAAACGUUCGAGAACCUGUGGAGUUAAAGCCCAGCCCAAUAUCGCGAGGGCCUUCCCCCUCCAAUCUCACACCCAGGUCUCCCGGCUCCGCUGGUAAACCGAAUAACCACGGUGUCGAAUUACAAGGUGAUGUUAAAAACAGAGCGCAGCCCGGUGUGUCACCAGCUGCUGCGCAUACGCUCUCUGUGAAUGUUAGUGGUCAAGGUUCUCCCCUAUCUGGUGUCCAUCCUUCCGUUGGUGAGAAGGUGGCAGGGGGCAACACGCCAUCUGCCCUUACCAUGCAAAAUGGCGAGCCAUUACGUUUUGGUAGAGCAGGCAUCCCUCCUGCGAAUUUAGAUUCCUUGUCCACUGAGGAUGAGGAUGAUGAGGCCGGUGGAGGGGGUGGCGAUUCGUCAAAGGCCCAGGCUGCGGAUUCAAUAGGGCAUGUUUCUACAGGUCAACAUCCCGGUGAAUUGCAGAAAGCUGAACAGUUGCAAAUUAAGGAUGCUUCAAGUUCAGGCCCUUUGUCAUCUGUUCUAACGGGUGACCUCGGUGGUACCCAGGUUCUGGGUGACCCUGCGUCUUCUGCCAUUGGCCAAUCUAAUGGAGGAUUUCCGCGGAAAAUCACGGAGGUCACUGAGCCUGGCGGCGACCAGCCAUCUGCUACCCUGUCUUCUUUCUCAGGUGAAGUGAUACCUGUGGGAGUGGAUGGAGGUGCGGCAGGAGCAUCGGGCGAUGAUUCACAAUACAGUGCUUCUAGGCUCAAACCCAAUACAUCAUUAAGCGAUGCACAUUUUCCGCCUUUAGGCGCUGAACGUUCAGACUCUUCGCUCUCUCUUCUGCCUGGCCAACCAGUUGUCCAAGGUGCAGAUUCAGUGGGAGCAAAUAUGUUAAAUUCACAGCGUCUUCCCUCUCAAGACACCACAAAUCUCGAAGAUGCAAGUGAUAAACGUGCAGACGCUGUGCAUUCUGGUGUACUUGGUUUGAGUGCUGACGUAGGUCAGACUGGCUCGUCGUCUUCCCAUUUCGGCAAUAAACUAUCUGCACCACCUGAACCAACGCGUUCUAGUAACGCAAUCGUCAGAGACAAUAUAGGGGUUGGUGAGCGAGUAGUGAAUGGCGAUCUUUGGUGGAAGCCCGAUGGUUGGGAUUAUAAGGCUGAUUUGAAAGAGAAAUGGAAACAACUAAAAACCAAAGAGGAAGAAGCGCUUAAAAAGCAAGCUGAGGCAGAUCUUAAACAGCAAAAAGGUUUACAGGAUUAUUUACGUCAUUUACAGCCGUAUAAAACCAAUUAUGUUCCAUACAUGCACCUUCCCAUUCCGGAGCCGAGUGGUUUUGCCGUGGAUGGUGAAGUCGUGGGAAACGACAGUGAUACGGAGCAGCAAAGACAAAAGGACCUAAUAGACCUGCAUAAUGCACGUCAUAUGGAGUCACUUCGUUUGAAAGCACAACGAGAUAGGGAGGAAAGGACGAAGCUCCAAAAAGAAGCGGUUGAGCGUUAUAAAAAGGACGAAGAAGAGAGGCACAAAACAUAUAUGCAAAAUGUCAGCGACCCAUUUACCGGCAUUGUAGCACCAAACGCUAGGGGUCUAUCGGGUAACACUUUGCCCACAGAAUUCCCUCAUAUUGGAGUUGCAGUGGGCUACCCGAUAAAGCAGCCCAGGUUGCCAAGGAAUACGGUAAAGCCGGCUGAUCCCAUAGAAUUCAAUAUGAAGCGUCAUUCAAGGCAGAAACGGGAGGCGCCUCCCAUUCAUAAUGAUAUACCUAAAAUUUCCUGGGUGCCCCCUCCCCCAAUCAAGUCACCAUCUGCCCCGCCGCCUCAACCACUCGUUGAUUUUGAAGUUGAACAGGUUUACAAAGCCAAGAGCUUUCAAAGUGAUUUGCUGAAACCCUCCCACAUGCCAGUUGAACUUAUCGAUCCAGUGUUACCUUAUGAUAACUACCUGGGCCCGCCUCAACACGUCCCUUUGCCCGAGGGCUCUGCACAGGAUGUCAAAACGACUGCAACCGUCGACUUCUGCCUUCCUGCAUGGACGACCGAGAUACCUACGAACGAUUUAUCCGACAUCCCCGAGACUGAGUUGUUCCCUUUGGUGCCUCCUCGCACUGUGCGGGAUAUGCUUCGCUGGCUUGUCGGAAUUCGAAACCCAAAGCAUCUGCAGGUCCUGGAGAAGUGCAUCAACGAGGCUCUCGGAACCGUCCCAGGUGCCACAACGGCAAAUUCUAAGCUUUGCGUCAACAAUUCCAAAAUCACGACUGAAAAUGUAAUCGACGCCCUCAAAAUGGCCUCCAUGUUUUCAUGCUCCGUGCUCUCCGCCAUUGAGCCCGAGUGGAGACAACGGAUGCCGUCGUCAACUGCUAAUGCUGAGGAUACAGACCAAGAUCAAGGCUCCGAUGGCUGCGCACUCCUUUGCCGUUUGCGGGACUAUGUCUAUGCCUGUCAUCAUCAAUUGACUUUCGUGAAGUCGCAAUGUGCACGGGAUAAACUAGAUGGCGGGUGGCUGACUAGCCAGUUUGGCCUGGAUGUCGGUGAGGACUCCCCCAUCCAGGCGUUCCUAACCGACGACUGGAAUUCCAAGUUCGAGACACACCUCUUCAACCCGUGCGACGUGUGCCUGAAGUGCCGCAUCAGGAUGGGAUUCAGGAAGGAUAUCUUUUCUAAGACCGCUAAAAGUGGCAGCUACCUCUCUUACAUCCUGUCGGCAUCCUUCAGCGGUGAUGAUCCCCUGCUGACGUUAUCCGCUUAUCUCAACUGCAUCACCCGACGCACGCCACGAACCACCGGUGAGCUUGUCUCGUUUUUUCACCAUUUCGGGAAUGAGCUGCACCAGAACAAUGAGGAUGCACUGUCACCCUUGGGUGCCGCGCUCUCCACUUCGCACGACAACUGCCCCAACUGGGACCAUCUCGAUGGUACCGACCUCGACGCCGCCCGGGAGCUUCGAGGUUCCAACGCUUCUGAGCACGACCAUGCGGAUACGAUGUCCACCCUACUCGGCUGCGCCAUUGAUGAUUCGCAAUGCGUGCAACUUCUCUGGCCCAUCACGUACCGGGCGUACGCCAUCUACUCGCCGUGCUUUGCCCAUUCGUAUCUGAGCUGGACGGUGUACCUGGCGGAUAUACUCCAAGAAUCACUGGAAAGGCUGCGUUACGAUAUCAAGAGGCACGAGUAUUCCAAGUGCGCGUCAAUCUAUCACUGUCGUGACGCAUGCUCUUACCUCUACUUUCACGGGUUCACUCCGCCGCGGGGCAUGUCACUAUCACUUGUGAAAUGUUCGGACAUCGUCGGGAAGUUGGAGGAAGUUGUCUCCGGCGGACCUGUCGGAAAGCUUCUGACAUGUAUGGACGCGUUCCUCUAUGGCAUUCGAAGGCCAUUCAUCUUUCUCGGCUUUACGUUCUGGUCUGUCGCAUUGAUCCUCUUGUCCCAUACUACGCUUUACCGCUUGGACGUGCUGCGCGUACGAUCUCACUUCAUGCCAUCGAGAGGGUCUCAUGUCAUCGAUGUCAAGGCAUUACUCGCUCACGGCACAAAAAUGCCAUCGCUGUACGACAUCAAGUACUUCGACGACGAAGCACUCGCUCACGCAUGGAACAGAAUUUAUUAA